UAUUAUAUUUGUAUUAAUAAAAAGAGAUUACACAUAUAGUAUUGCGUUCUUGGAUUCUAUAUAAACCAUCAAACCCUAUAUAAAAUAAUACUAACUUGUGAAAAUUAAUUAUUGCCCACUUUCUCUCUCUGCGAUUGAUUCUUGGAAAGAAAAUCAAAGUCUCAAUAGCUUUGCUUUGAUUCUAGUUCCAUUCCACAAUUGCAUCUAAUUCUCCUACCUUAGCCUUUUCUUCUUUACUUUUAUCAUCAUCAACUCCUAAAUUUCAUAUGAAACUAGAGAAAUCAAUUGAAAAGAAAAAUUUCAAGAAAGAGCUACAUACACCUUUCGACCUUAUUGUAAAGUUGGAACCCUAGAGGCCUUUCAAGCGAAUCAUCAGGGUAAUAAUUUCUUGAUCUUUUUUUUUAGUGAAUUUUCAGUUUUUGGUCAAUCAUGGCAAACCCUUGGUGGACGAACCAGAGUGGUUUAGCCGGCAUGGUGGACCAUUCGGCCUCCUCAGGCCAUCACCAAAAUCAUCACCACCAAAGUAUUCUUACCAAAGGAGAUCUUGGAAUAGCCAUGAAUCAGAGCCAAGAUAACGACCAAGACGAAGACGACGAUCCAAGGGAAGGAGCCGUCGAGGUGGUCAACCGUAGACCAAGAGGUAGACCACCAGGAUCCAAAAACAAACCCAAAGCUCCAAUCUUUGUGACAAGAGACAGCCCCAACGCACUCCGUAGCCAUGUGUUGGAGAUCUCCGACGGCAGCGACGUCGCCGAGACAAUCGCUCACUUCUCUAGACGCAGACAACGCGGCGUUUGCGUUCUUAGCGGAACAGGCUCAGUCGCUAACGUCACCCUCCGUCAAGCCGCGGCACCAGGAGGCGUCGUCUCUCUCCAAGGCAGGUUUGAGAUCUUAUCCUUAACCGGUGCUUUCCUCCCUGGUCCUUCCCCACCCGGUUCAACCGGUUUAACGGUUUACUUAGCCGGGGUCCAAGGUCAGGUCGUUGGAGGUAGCGUCGUAGGACCGCUCUUGGCCAUAGGGUCGGUCAUGGUGAUUGCUGCUACUUUCUCUAACGCUACUUAUGAGAGAUUGCCUAUGGAAGAGGAGGAAGACGGUGGCGGCUCAAGACAGAUUCACGGAGGCGGUGACUCGCCGCCCGGAAUCGGUAGUAGCCUGCCUGAUCUAUCGGGGAUGGCCGGGCCAGGCUACAAUAUGCCGCCGCAUCUGAUUCCAAAUGGGGCUGGUCAGUUAGGGCACGAACCAUAUACAUGGGUCCACGCGCGACCACCAUACUGACUCAGCGAGCCAUUUCUAAAUGUUCUAUAUAAAUAAAUAUAUAGAUGAAUAUAAGUGAUUUGAGGUAGUCUAUUACAAAGCUUUGCUCUUGUUGGAAAAAUAAAUAAGUAUCAAAGCUUUGCUUGUUAUUAAUGGAAAAUACAAAAGACGAAACUAAGGGACUUUCGGAUUUUCAGUAUCAUUACUACUCCACGAAGUUAUUGAAAUGAAUAAACAUUGUACUGUAAAUUAGAA